UUUUUAGAUCAAUGCCGUAUACUGGCAUUUCCAUCCACUUUGUUCUUCGUUGGAGAACGUCUUGUUAAGCAUACCAUAGCAAACAUCAGUGUGAUUGACAGGGACACGUGUGAAUAUCGUUGCUACUUGGACUACAACUGCGUCAGUGUUAACUUUUAUUUUGGAGAAAAAGGAGCAAAAGCACACAACUGUGAACUGAAUAACUCAACGGGUAACGAGUAUGAAAAGAAUCUUGUAAAAGCGGCGGACUAUGUAUACCACGGAACUAAGGUAAAUGUCAAUUGCGCAACUCUCUCUUUUUUUUUUAAUUCAUCAGAGCUAAAGGGGUUCCCUUUAUAUUCAUGUCUGUAAAACGCCUCUUAUCCAUUAUUAGUUAUUUUUACAUAAAUUUUCGACAAAUGCUGAUGUCGCUACGAAUCUUUUGUAGAUAAGCACUAACAAAAAACAAAAGUCCUUUGAGUGCCUUGAGGACACUCAUCUCUAUUAACGAAAGCAAGUAAUUUUUCUUAGUCACUUCAGAACGUUGGUCACCGGCCUAGAAUAAACAACUGAUCCCUGUUUUUCUUGCAAUAAAGAACACCACUACGAAACACUCACGUUCAUUCAUCUUAAAUAUUUUUCAUGGGCAAGAAUAAAUGGAAUGGCCUCUCGAAUGCAUUUCUGCAAAAGGUAGUUGAAUUCAAUUGGUUUUCAAGCAUGAAUAUACUAGGUUAAAUAAUCGGAUUAAUGAGAUACAUCUCAUGGCUGAAGAGUACAUACGACUAUGGAUAUAACGACACAGUUGAGCUAUGAACGGGGUUACCGAGUGCUGCUUUUAAGAAAGACAAUUUUCUCUAUAAUAGCUUAUUAUAGAGUAAAUUGUCUACAGACGCCCCUUCCUGAUUUUUCAGAGUGAUGGGAGUGAUCUUAAACAGAAUUUUGGAAUUUCUUUCUCCGGCAAGUUUUGGUCAGGUUCUCGGCGAAAUGUCGAGAACAACUAUCAAGAUUUUAAACAGUUACUUGCGACAUGCCGUCCAGGGGAGUGGCAAUUCUUCUUGUUGCCUCAUGCUGCAAAUGUGGUAUAUUUAACUUUCGAAAUUAUACAAUAUGUCUAAAGCAGAAUUUUUCUUUUAACGCUCGUGACAAGUUCUUCUCCGUUUCUAUUUUUUGUUUGUUUGUUUUUUUGUUUUUGUUGAAGAAUUUCUGCGCUCAAUCUCCAUGCGAGAACUACGGCACCUGCCAGUCGGGAUUUACAAGAAAACGAUAUCGAUGUCUAUGUGCGUCUGGAUUUACUGGCCACGAUUGUCAAAAAGGUAACACUUAAAAUAAUAAAAAUGAAUUGUUUUCUUAAUUUUUAUUUUAACACAGUGUAAAAAUGCACCUUUUACAAUCAUAAUGUGCUCCGAUUAUAACACCUAAGUUGGUUUUGCUUUUUGUUUGAGAUGAAUAGCAAAGAACUCAAACCACCCCCUUAAGUGUUGAAUUCCUUUUUCAUUUCAAACACCAUCCCGCCUCUUUCGAGUUGCAGUCUCACGCCAGGCUGUCAUAGGCAUUCAGCACCGUAAAAAGUGGGGCGAAGAAGAUUUUUCUCCGUAAUCCCGCAUUUUAUUGCUCACUCGCUUUUUCAAUCGCCACUGCUGACAAAUAGCAUAACACAGCAUAUCUCCCCCUUCCCCUCCUUCCCUCAACUUCUGUUCUUCAGCGUCUUUACCAGAGGUCUAUCAAUUAUAUUUUAGACAUCAACGAGUGUGAAACAAAUACCCACAUCUGCAGCAAUGAAAACGUCAUUUGCUUAAAUACCAAAGGAUCAUUCAAGUGCAUUUGUAAACAUGGAUUCAGCGGGGAUAUACACAAUUGCAUAGGUAAUGAAAAUUGCUUAGAGCGGGAUUGCUCGUCCGAAUUAACCUCUGGUAAAAACACAUGUUUUUCAAUCCUAUUCAUAAUCUACUCCGAUUAUAACAUAUAAGUUGGUUUUGCUUUGCACAUUAGCUUGGUAGUGGUGAUGACGAUCAUAGAUAAAAUUCGUUGAUUUUAUUUCAGACAUUGAUGAGUGUGCUCUGAAUUCCCACAAGUGUAGCGAGAAUGCCAAUUGUACAAAUACCGCGGGAUCUUACGCCUGCUCUUGUAAUUCUGGAUUCAGCGGAGAUGGACAUGAAUGCAUAGGUAUAGCGCGGCAGAGCAUGACCUUUCUAGGCUAAUAAAAUUCCGUGUGUAUUCCUCUCUCCUUAACUGGGUACGCCCCUUAAGGAUAUAGACAAUAACGGCUCUGUCCUAUGUGGUCAGAAAUAGUUUGAGCCACCCUUCAUGUGGAGUGGCGUUAAGUUUUUUUUUCCUUAAGAGCACCCUGUGGUUUUCAGAUUGGAAGCCCAGUAUUCAUAGCCUUUUCAUUGUUAUAUUUUAUCACUAUAAUUGAUACGGACGGCUUAUUAAAUUUUCGGACAUUGACGAGUGUGCUCGAAAUAGCCACCUCUGCAGCAAUAUAACUGUCACUUGUAAAAAAAAAAUACCAGGGGAUCGUUCA